AUGUUGGAUGUUGGUUCCCAGAAGCCCCCCAAGGGGAAAUGGUCAACACCGCCCUUCGACCCGCGCUUCCCCAACCAGAACCAGACCCCAAACUGCUAUCAGAACUUCCUGGACUACCACCGCUGCGUCAAGAGAAUGAAUCGCCGCGGGAAGAGCACGCAGCCCUGCGAGUAUUACUUCCGCGUGUUCCACUCGCUGUGCCCCAUGAGCUGGGUGCAGCGCUGGACCCAACAGAUCCAGGACGGGACCUUCGCGGGCAACAUCUGA